CAUCCGUCUCGAGGAGGUGCAUGGAUGAUACAGACUGGGCCACGAUCUGCAGUCUGUGGAAGCGGGGAACGGAUGGAACGGCCAGGAAAUUUCUGAUCGAGAAGCAAGAGGAUACAGUGAUGAUUCCCAAGAAUAGACAAUAAGAAAAAGGCCAGCCUGGAGUAGAAGUAGCGAAGAAGAGGGCUGUAUAAAGAGACACCGGAACCCUACGUUGUGGCCUACCAUCCAAAGCUGGUAGACAAUUUUUCUCCAUAUCAUUUCGACUACAGAUCUCUCGUAUACUCUUUUCACAAUAACCCCAUCAUGCUCUUCACCAAGGUCAUUACUGCGCUCUCUCUCGCGGCUCCAGUAUUAUCGAUUGGCGUCCGCAUAGCACAGUUCAGUGACGGAAAUUGCGUGUCUUCCAUUGAUCCAGCCAUCAACAUACUGAGGGACGGCUGCAGCACGUGGUCGACACCGGUUGGGAAGUCCAUGUCAGUCAGCACCUACGCAGCGAGUGGCGAUUCAGAUUUCUCAUGUUUGGCAGUCAUCGUCCAACUGCGACAACAUUCCGGACGCUACUGUUGGACCUCUGGCCACGGAUCCGCAGGACGGGGGGUGCAUCAUCAUGCCCAUCAGCGGUCAGGACUCAACCUCAUGGCUGUAGAGGAUAUUGGAUCUAUUUAUGCGGGCAAGUCAAGAACUCCAGAAGCUUUUCGUUCUGCCGGCCUUUUCACAAAACUGCAAGCAGCUGGAUAUGAAGUAAAGGGAUAUUCUGCCCUCACAGAACCCGCCGUUUGGUCAUCUUCAACGCGCGAACCGAGUGGAGCCCGCAACGAAAGCGCGACAGUAGCAGCCUGCCACCGGGUUUCUAAAGCUAUCACCGAUGUGCUGAACGAGGACCGUCAGCCCUCUUUCCACUUCAUCCUCUCCGGCGAAUGCCUCUAUACACCCGCCAUACUUUCAGCAUACUGGAAUUAUCUCCGUCCAACAACCCACAAGAUUGGCAUCAUCUACUUCGACGCUGAUGCAGAUCUGUACACGCCAUCUGACUCCGGAGGCAGUGGGAACAUCGCAGGCAUGACGCUCACGCACCUGACGCUUCGCGACGGCGCGCUGGACAGCAUGAAGAUAUUUUGCAAGCCCGACGGAUCCGGCGUCGUGGAUGAGACAAACAUCGUUCUCUUCGGCAUGAACUCGCAGUGUGAAGCGAAUAAGCGGGAGCACCUGGGCCAUCUCUUUGAUAACAACUUCCGCGUCCUCACUUCCAUCACUGUCCAACGCACCCCGGAAGAAAGCGCAGAGACAGGGCUGGCUUACAUGCGGGAGCAAGGAGUAGAUCAUAUAAUUGUUCACCUUGACGUGGAUGUCAUUGACCCGGGGGAGUUCCCGCUGUGCAAUGUGCCAAACUGGACGGGAUUGGGAUACGCGCAGACGAUGAGGGCGCUGGACGUGUUUCUGGGAAGUCGAAAAUGCGUAGGAUUGAGCAUCGCGGAGGUAAAUCCGGAUCAUGACCCAGGAUUGGUGAUGACCAGGCGGCUGGUGGAUGAUGUGGUUAAUGGGCUGGUGAGGAGGAGCGUGCAUGCGACGCUGCCAUGGGUUGGUGAGGAGGAGUAA